CUCCUUCUCGAGUCGUGUAUCGUUUCUUCCCCGCGUGCGCGACGCAGACGCACGCAAGCGCUCCAAGAAUGGCCGCCGACGGAGGCUCUUCAGCACCGACGCUGCCGUGCUCCUUCUCGCCGAACUCGCGGCACUACCUCGCCGUGUGCGCACAGGACGGGCGCCUACGGGUCUGGAACGCCGACUCGCGCGCGCUUCACCGGGAGUACGUGCCUUCCGCGCACCUAAGCGCCACUUGUACUUGCAUCGCCUGGGGACCAUGCCGAGCGACCAAGGAGGGGCCUCAGAGGAAGAAGAGGAAGUCGGAGGCGGGUCCGGCGUCCACUCAGCAGUCGGAUCUGUUGGCUCUGGGUACAGCAGCAGGUACCGUCCUCAUCUACAGCACCGUGAAGGGAGAUCUGCACUGCACUCUGGAUGGAGGACACACUGGGAGUGUGAACAGUGUUCAGUGGCACCCUGAAGAAUCAGUUCUGUACAGCGGCUCAGACGACACACACAUCGUAGAGUGGGACCUGAAGACGGGAAAAACACGCUGUAAAUGGAAAGCAGACAGAGCGGCAGUGACGAGUCUGUGUGUGAGUCCUGAUGGGAAACUCCUGCUCUCUGCUGGGAUGACCAUCAAAAUGUGGGACCUGGAGACCAAGGAGGUGUACAGGAAGUUCACAGGUCACUCGACCACCGUAACGACCCUGUGCUUCGCCACGACCCGACCUCCAGACAGCGACGGCCUGUACUUCCUGUCUGGAGCGGCUCACGACAGACUGCUGAGCGUGUGGCAGGUCCGCUCUGACGGCAAAGACAAGAACUCUGUGGUGUCGUUCACGCUGACAGACGAACCCCAACACAUCGACCUGCAGACAUCCAACAGCAAAGACGAGGCGGUGCGGUUAGCAGUGGUGUGUAAGGACGGCCAGCUGCAUCUCUUCGAGCACUUUCUCAACGGACCGUGUAAGAAGCCCCUGUCCCCGGUGUGUUCGGUGCAGGUGUCGAGCGCCGGCUCUGGUGAAGGAACCACCCCGAUGCCCGUCUCCCUGCUGGCUGCUGCUCUGUGUUCAGACAGACAGAGCCUCAUGCUGGCGUACGGGAGCCACCUACAACCCGUCAUCGAGAAAACGCCCAUCAACACAUCAGAGAGACACGUGUGUCUGAUCCGAGAUGUGCACACGACGCUGUCGCUUUCAGUUGACGCUGCCAUCACAAAGGUGAAGACGCCUGUGGUGAACGAACAGAAGAGCAAAGUUUUAAUACCGGGACUUCCUGGGCAUCAGGCGCCCAUCAAAGCCACUCCCAGCCAAUCAGAGAAGAGGAAGAAAGGAGCAGUUCCUACAGAGAUGACGAUAGAGGAGCGCUUGGAGCAGAUCGAGCUGAGCACAUCAUCAGGCGGUAAAGGAGCGAGUAAAGGAGCUUCGUCUUCUCUCCAGACCGACAGCUUCGCCGUUCUGCUCGUUCAGGGCCUUGAGAGCAAAGAUGAGAAGAUCCUCAACAAAAUCUUUCAAACCAAGAAGGAAGUGUUGAUUAAGAACACAGUGGCGCGCUUGCCUCCUCCGGCUGUCCUGCCUCUCGUGGAGGAACUGUCCAGGAGGCUGCAGGGACAUCCAUUUGCGGCCAUUCUUAUUGUGCAGUGGCUGAAGGCCGUGUUGACGCAGCACACGUCAUAUUUGUCAUCGCUCCCGGACCUGGUGUCUCAGCUGGGAGCGCUCUACCACAUGAUCGAGAGCCGGGUGAAGCUGUACCAGCAGCUGACCAGACUCCACGGCAAACUCUACCUGCUCAUGACGCAGGUGGCGACAAGCAACAGUUCCCGCAAAGUAGCCGAUCUGGACUGCAAAGCCAAACUGGUUUAUGAGGAAGAAUCCUCAGACGAAGACUCUGGAGACGAGGGACGGCCCGAGGAAGACUCAGAUAGCUGGGAAGAGGAAGAGGAGCAGGACGAGGAGGAAGGGAUGGACGUAACGGAGGACAAAGAAAACCACGCGGACGAGGAAGACGAGAGCGAUGAAGACGUGAAGGACGAAUCCAAAGCGAACGGCGAUUCGGACUUGGACCCUGAGAGCGAAGAGGAAUGAGACGAACAACAGAAGAAAAAAAAAAUUAGCUUGGAAGUUUAUAUAUAAUACGUUUGUUUUAUUUUUUUUUCUCUCCUCUUUUCAUUUUAUUGUAAAAAAAAAAAAAUCACAAAAAAGCCUGUUUUAUAGAGUUCAUGGACUGAAAGUGGUGGAGUCCCAGGACGGCCACCAGGGCGGCGACAUUCACUGGCUCGGGAGUGAGCACAGCAUGAACGUUUGUCUCAAAGCCAUUUUACUCCUUUGACCAUUGACCCCCAGACUGGCUCCUUUAUUCAUCCUUCUGUUUUUUUUUUGUUUUGUUUUUUUUAAGCUCUUAUGGUGCUGUGGUAGCAGAGUACCACGCCUUUAAGGUUUAUUUUCCAGGGUGGUGUAUUAUUUCCUGACACAAACAAAUACACAAAAAUCUCUCCGCUUUGAGGUUACGUUUCUAGAAAUACGCCCCAUACUUUUCGACCCUCCAUGUUUCUACAAUAUAGAUACAUCAGAGUUAAAAGCAACACUUCCAUGCUGAAGUCUUUCUGUUGACUUUGUGAGCUUCUGCUGCUGAGUUUAUGCCAAAAAAAAACAAUAUAAUCAUGCCGUGAUGGUGUGCUUCAGGACAUUGUGCGUCCAGUGCAUCACGGUGUCCACAUAAAAUACAUACCAGAUUGGAAAAUCCAUCAAAUCCGUUAUCAUCCCUAGUCUAGAGGGAGUUUAUGGUAGUGUUUGUUUCUUGUGGGGAUGUUUUGGUUUUUCUUUUGCUUGAUUUAAAUAUAGUCUAAUCAAGACUGGGACAAAACAUGAUGUUCGCAGAAUAAAUUAGAAUUAGAGCUCAAUUGGGUUUAACUGUAAACUUCCAUCUCAAAAACUUCUGAUACUGUGACCUCCUGUCUCUCAGUGCAUUUUUAACAGUGUGUAACAUUGCAGCACAAACUGUUGACUGACCCUGACCUGGCCCACAGCUUUUUCAUGUUCUGUCCAUGUGUUAAGCCUUUGUUUUCCUCAACCACUCCUCGUUUCUUUUUAAUCUUUCCUCCCCCCCACCCCUGUCCCUAUCAGCCUUGCAGUGUUGAUAAUUCGUGUCCGCUUCCUCUGAUGACGGUUUGAGAGUGGAGGACGAUGUGAAUGUUGCUCAAUUCAGUGAAUAAUAAAUGUCUGAGACCCGUGCUCGGAAAAGUUGGUUGCUUUGGGGGGGGGGGGGGGGAUAUAAACAAUUUGUGAACCGUAACCUUUUUCAAUGCAAGCAGUAUAUAUGGACGACUGUUGUACAGUUGAAAUGAAAUAAAUUCCUUUUUGUUCUCAGAA